AACUCUGCAACCUUUGAUCUUUGACAAUUUGACAUGGAUUUUUGAAUUCUGUGCUUUGAUUUCUUGUAUUUAUUAUUUUAUGCUUUGAUUAGACAAGGCAAAAGACAAGACUCCGUGAAGACUCCAGACUUGUGCUCCAGACUUGCUCCAGACUGCUUAGACUUGAUUCUGUAAUCCCUAAAUUUAUAUCCGUUAUUUAUAUUUAUUAUUUUAUUUUAUGGCUUCAGUCAUUUGUGUUCUAAGUAGUUGGAACUGAUUGCAAAGUUACCUUUCAGAGAUUUCUUAUUUGUCUUUGUUUUAAGAAUUUUUUGAAUAGGUUGUAAAAUCUAUCAUUGUUUAUAAGAUUCAUAUAAUCAUAUUGGAUAGGGAUAUAAUUGUAGUAUUGGUUCUAGUUUAUAUGUUUCUAAUUUUGGAUAAUCGAUGGAUGCAACCGUUAAUAAUUUUUUAAAUGAAAUUAAUGAGAUAGCCCCAGAGAACCAUAAUUCAGAGGAGGCUAAAGAUUGGCAGGAAUGUUUUGAUGAAUUAACCGGAUAUUCCUACUAUUGGAAUAUAAAAACAGAUAAAGUUACCUGGGUAGAACCCAAGCUAUUUAAAAAAGAAAAUGCCAUAAAUAAAAAGCAUGAAAAGAAUCUUUCUGGGAGACCAGUAACUAAUAGAAAACCUGAUAUGCCACGUAGUGCAGCUUUAUUUUCAAAUGCUGUUGUGAAUCCAGAAGCUAAAGUAAAGAUUUAUUCUUUACAAGAAACUCUAGAAAAUAAAAGCCAAAACAAAAAUGUUAAUUUUUGUUGUAAAAAGAAACGUGACAGUUCUGAUGAUGAGAAAAUCGAAUUGAUCACCGAAUUUAGCAAUGACAACGAUUCAGAGUCGGAAUCAAAAUCUUCUAGAAAUGUUAAUGGAGAUAAUAGAGAAUUAGACUGUAGUAAUCAUUCGGAUGAUGAUGAUGAUGACGAUGAUGAUGUUGAUUUGUUAGUAAAAAUACAGCAGAAAGCCCAAGAAUUACAACAUUUGGGAGGUAAAGUACCUGCAGAAGUUAAAACUAUAAUCCAGGGAAAUCCGCCUCUACAUGAAAACAAGCUUCCGACACAUGUUCCAGCCAUUUCUUUAGUAGCAGGUUAUCAUAGUUCAGAUAGUGAAGCAGAGGAUGAACAACAUGCUAGUUCCAGUAAAUUCAACAUUCUAUCUCAUUCAGCACCAAACGUUGAAAAAUCUCACAGUACAUUAUUUCCAAUAACUGAACCUAUUAAUGUUAACGAUUUUAUUAGUACAAACAUUGAACCAGAAAAAGAGACAGAUGUUUUAGGAGUUGAUACAAAUACCUUUGAUAGUAAAGCGUUUCAAAGAAAGCGACGAAUUGGUGUAUCAUUGGUGAAUAAUUCUAAAAAAGUGAAAACUGACACAGAAGUACCAUGUAUCGAGCAUAAUAAGAUUGAGCCUCAAGGGCUAAAAAGUACAAGUUGUGAAAAUAAUCUGGAUACAGUGAAAUACCCGGGUUUUCAAAAAGGUGGUGUAAUGUUUUUAAAAGGGGACACAGUAAAUCCAAUUGAGGAAAAAGUAAACACAGAUAAUCAACUAAAAGAGGAUGAUAAUAAUUUGGAUAGAGAUAAAACAGUGAGUAAUUACAAUAUACUCAAAGAAAAACUAAAAUUUUUGUGUGAAGGAAGGUCGCCAAUUUUACCAGUACAAGCAAUGCUAAUACAAGCGGAAACUCUGUUUAUGGCAAUGGAAGAAAAAUGUCUCAAAAUGUCAUAUUUAUAUAAUUGGUUAGAACAGAACUGUUCUGAACUCACAAAGUUAGAAAAAGAUGCCGCACCAGAUGGUUGGCUUUUGCAGUGGGAUAGAUCAAACAAGCGGUACUUUUAUUUAAACCAGACUACAGGCGAGAGUCAGUGGGAGUAUCCCCAACCGGACAUUACUCGUUGCGAUGACGCAAUGGAUAUAUCGACUACUCCGCCUCCUCCUCAGUUGGAAGAAUCACCAUCGUUAAGUGCAUUCGAAUUGCAAGCGAAUUUUGGACCUCAGUUGCCAGUUGAACCGCCUUUGCCACCAUCUCCUCCAAAAAUUAGUAGUCCUACUCCUCCACCUGCUCCUAUGAUUAGCAAGGAAUUAAAGAAAGUUCAUUUAUCAGAUGUAUCAUUGCCGUCAGAGCAAGCUUUGCCUUCCAUUCCUAUGCCUCUGGAAAAUUAUGAACCGCUGCCACCAGGGGUUGAUUCUUCAGAUGUUGCGGCUUCAUAUAAGAAUUCUUCCGAAACUAAAACAGUACAUAAAGAAUCACUAAAUUCAGUAUUAGAUUCUUUUUAUUCAGAAAUUGCCGAAGUUUCUGAAAGAGAUAAAUCUGAAUUAAUUUCUGUUAAUCAGCAAUCUGCCUCAGUUAAGGAUGUUAUGAAGUCUCAGGAUUUAGAUAUGCAAUUAAUUGGGGAACAAAUGAGAAAAAAGAAGAAAAAGGUCAAAUUGGCGCAAGGAUUAACUAUGAAGAAGAAAGGUGUUUCGGAACUUGUAGAAAAGUGGAAAAGUGUCCAAAAAUCAUAUGGAAAUUAGAUGGAUUUUAGUUGUAAUAAAAAUUGUAAAAAACUGAUGCAAAAAUAAAACCACUUUAAUAAAAA